AUGUCGUCCCCGGUCGAACCUUUGAUGGUUGGCCCAGAGAAUGAGGGCAACCAGAACGCCAUUUAUCUUCGGCUCAAAAGCAAAGGCAAGCACUACCAUGCAAAGAUUCCAGUGUUGAAGCGUUUGCCGUUUCCUUCUAUUGCAAUCAUUUCAUUGCUGGUUCUCGUGAAUCUCUUGGUGUGGAUUGCCGUUGGCAUAGUUCUUAGCUAUCAUACGUCCCUGGUCUCUACUGCCGUGCUUUCAUACUCUCUGGGUCUGAGACAUGCUCUUGACGCAGACCAUAUAUCGGCGAUCGAUCUUAUGACUCGGCGUUUGAUUGCUACUGGACAGCGCCCAGUCACAGUCGGCACAUUCUUCUCGUUGGGACACUCAACCAUCGUUGUGAUAACCUCGAUCGUAGUAGCUUCGACCGCCGCAGCUGUCUCUUCACGAUUUGGAGCCUUCUCUCGCGUGGGUGGCAUUAUCGGAAGUAGCGUCUCGGCGACCUUCCUGAUCGUGCUUGGAAUUAUGAACGUCUUCAUUCUAUACAAACUCAUCAAACAAUUGCGCGAGAUCAUCAACACUCCUGCUGACUCACCAGAGCCCGAGUUUCAGAUUGAAGGUGGAGGAUGCCUUUUCCGCGUGCUCAAAAGGAUGUUCAAGCUCAUUGAUCGUCCAUGGAAAAUGUAUCCUUUAGGCGUAAUGUUUGGCCUAGGAUUCGACACUUCGUCAGAAAUCGCUUUGCUGGGCAUCAGUGCCAUCUCCGCCAGUCAGGGCACCUCAUUUUGGCUCAUUCUUCUGUUCCCUGUUUUGUUCACUGCAGGAAUGUGUUUAUUAGACACUACGGAUGGUGCACUCAUGAUGGCUCUAUACACAUCAACACGUCUGGCAAAGGACACCAUCGCUGUGUUAUACUAUCAGGCUGUUCUCACUGGCGUCACUGUGAUGGUGGCUGUAGUCAUUGGUGUUAUACAGUUUCUUGGUAUGCUCCAAGGAGCUGCCAAUCUCGAAGGUGGAUUCUGGAAUGGUGUUGAGGUUGCGAGCGACAAUUACGACAUUAUCGGUGGCGCUAUAUGUGGUAGCUUUGUCGUCUUUGGCGUUCUGAGUGCUAUUCUCUACCGUCCGUGGAGAAGACGUGUUGAUGCGAAGCGAAACGCACUCAUCAGACCAUAUGAUAUGGAGGAGUUCGACAUAACAGAGCCUCGCAAUACCGAAGGCACACAUGGCGAACCUGAACUCGUUCAAGAGGCUCCAGAGCCUUUCGUACGUUCAGAUAGGAAAGGGGAUCAUGUCGUGUGA